AUGCCAUUCUGUAGUUCUUGUGGAACAAAGUUAAAUGAAGGUGCUAAGUUUUGUCCAAAUUGUGGUGCUAAGGUUGCAGUUACAGAAACGACAACACCAAAGUUCCAAGAAAUUAAAGAAGUAAAAAUUGAAGAAAAAGUAGCACCAGUUGAAAUGAAAAAGACAGUAGCAGAAGAGCACACCAUUUCUACUGCAACUACAGAAGCACCAAAACAAUCAUUUACAGAAAAUGUUACAAUUAAAGUCUGUCAUGGGUGUGGUAAACCAUUUGAAUUAACACAAGCCAAAGAAAUAUUUGGACAUAUAUAUCAUAAUGAAUGUUUUAAAUGUCAUAUUUGUGGUCAAAAACUCUUUAGUUUUGCUAAAUUUUAUAAUGAUAAUGGAGAAAUAAUGUGUCAUCCAUGUAUGUUAAAGAGAGUCCCAAAAUGUGCUAAGUGUGGAAAACCAUUAGUUGGAAAUUUUGUUACUUGUGGAGGAAGAAAUUGGCAUAAAGAAUGUGUCCCAGAAAAUCUCUAA